GUUGAGGUUGCGAUAGGGGAGGGGGAGUGGCAGUAAUCAUAACACCGGUUGGGAGCUCCGAGGGCGGUUGACAAGAUGGAGUCUGUGGGACGGUGGGUCACCGUGUCUCUGUGCCUGCUGGGCUGUGUGGCCGGGAUCAUGGCCGGUACAGAGUCUGAUGCUACAGGUGAGCUCGGAGAGGCCUGAACUCGCUCUAUUUACUUUACAUAGAGAAUAAUAUGUCCUCCCUCCAACACAGCUCAGUACUGCCCCCCCCACAAUGGGCUAAACUCAUUCCCUACCUGUGUGUUACUAUGCCAGCUCCCUGCCAUGCUUAAUGCUGGCACCACAUUACAGUGCUUGUAGUACCAGAACAGGUUGGAGGGUCUGUGUGUAUAUAUAUAUAGCCCCCCCGCCCCCCACCUCCCCCAUACAUUACACUAACAGUAAUAUCUACAAGGAUACAUUGUUAGCUUUCAGUAAUGUAUCAUGGGAGUUGUAGUUCAGAUAUUACUGAUCUGACUUGGUUUUGGCUGCUCCUACUAUUAGAGAUUAGCACUCCUUGUACUGUAAGUUCACAGUAAUAACUCUCCUACCCCCAGGGGAUACUCAUACUGUAAUUAUGUAAUGGGGGGGGGGGAGAGAGAGAAUCUCCUCCUAAUAUCUGUUAUCAAUAAAGGAUAUCCAGGCUUCCUCCCUCCCCUGGAGGUGCUCUAAUUGGAUUCUAUAGGCACCAAAAUCACUUCAUCUCAGUGAAAUGGUCAGGAUGCUAUGCUCUUGUAGGUUCACCCCUGCCUGUUUUGCAUGAAACACAAUGUUUACAUUGCAGAGUUGACAUGGUUCAUACUGACAACCGCUGCAUGCGCUUCUGCCCCAAUAGCAGAGUUAAACUUGCCUAUUCAAUCAGAUGGUCUCAGAGAGAUAAUUUGAUUGGCCCAGUGUGGUGUUUUGCUGCGCAUGUACACUAACUUUCCACUGUUUCACUAUGGGUUUGACUGAGAUUAUCUUAACUGAUGAUCUCAGACUAAGAGGUAGAAGGGCAUUGUGGAGAGUUGAAAAUUAAGUAAAUCUCCCCCUUCAAACCAUUGUGUAAAGCAGCACUGUCACACAGGAUCCACUGUAGACCUCAGUGCCAUACUCUGGAGUACCGCCGUGAUGUAAGCUCUUGGCACUUCAGCACCAGGAGCAGAAGAGAACCAGACAGAAGAAAAUGGCGACACCCACUCUUUACCUGCUCUCUAAUAGCAUACUUAACCUGCUUAUGCUGGAUGUCAAAUAGAUUCAAUAAUUUAAUCUAUUUUAUUUCAAAGCCCCUAGAGGUGCAGGAAUUACACAUUGUUAACAAUGUUGUAGCUGAGAAACAGAGCAGUUUAUAUUUGCAAGACUGUAGGGUCAACAGCUGUGCCCUAAAAGAUGAAAUAAUUUUGGUGCUAAGACUGUUAAUUAAAAAGUAGGCAGUUGUGUGGUGCCUGGUUAGGCUUACUACUUUAACUGCUAUUUUCAGAUGUUUUAUUUUUCUUUCUUUAGGUUUAAUAUAUGUAUAUCUUCAACACCCUGUGUUUUUUUCUCAAAUAACCUGUGAAAAUAAUAUAAGCCAGGUCCUAGAGUACCUGGUCGUUUCCCUGCCUUCAAGCAGAAACGCUGCAAAUUAAAGGACCACUAAAGUGCCAGGAAAACAUACUCGUUUUCCUGGCACUAUAGUGCCCUGAGGGUGCCCCCACCCUCAGGGACCCCCUCCCGCCCGGCUCUGGAAAGGGGAAAGGGGUUAAAACUUACCUUUUUCCAGCGCUGGACGGAGAGCUCUCUGCCUCCCUCUCCUCCUCCGUUACGCCGCUGAAUGCGCACGCGCGGCAAGAGCUGCGCGCGCAUUCAGCCGGUCGCAUAGGAAAGCAUUUUACAAUGCUUUCCUAUGGACGCUGGCGUGCUCUCACUGUGAAAAUCACAGUGAGAAGCACGCAAGCGCCUCUAGUGGCUGUCAAUGAGACAGCCACUAGAGGGGGGGAAGGCUUAACCCAUUAAUAAACAUAGCAGUUUCUCUGAAACUGCUAUGUUUAUUAAAAAAUGGGUUAACCCUAGCUGGACCUGGCACCCAGACCACUUCAUUAAGCUGAAGUGGUCUGGGUGCCUAGAGUGGUCCUUUAAGAUUCCUUCCUCGGCCCUCUGUGUUGCAAACAAGCAGCAACAAAUGUCACACUAAUAAUUUUGUUAUAAUUAAACAAGUGUAUUGCAUAUUAAUAACAUGGAACUUUUAUGAUCAUUAUUCUAAAAAUGGGCAGAAAAGGGUGCAGGGAGGCAGCGCUUGUGGUGUUGCCUCCCUGCACUUUUUUCUGCACAUCAACCAUAUCACCAGAAAGAAGAGACUCUGGUUAGGGGAGUCAAAGCUGCCACACAUCCAGAAUACAAGCGCCAAAAACUCCACCACCUCAUACAUUAUUCUAAAGAUGUCGGUACCUUUUUUUUAUUUAUAAAAAAUUCAUGUUCGUAGUCCGCAGAAUUCAAAAUGGUAAGUUUUUAGUGGUCUGUGAGGUCCGAAUGGUUGAUCGCUGGACUAACUCCCAAAAUUCUGUCCAACAAUAUCUGAGAGGCCAAAGUUUGACAACCUUGAAGAAGAAUGCUCUCUCAUGCCCAGUGAUUUAAUUGGACUAUUAAUACGAAGGAAUAACCCUGUCCCAGUAACUGAUUUAGAAUAUCCCUGUAGUUUACUAAACUGGUGCACACAUAGCAUAAUUGAUAAAUAGAUACAUAUGCUCAUAGAUACUUUGUUUCUACUGUCUGUUCUGGAGGAGCUAGUUCCACAGUAUAUUCCACAAUUACAGAUUGGUGAGUUUUCAAGAAUGUCACUCGUCCUCUUGGAUAUUUUUUGAUUUGUCUGUAGCAGUACUAUCAGUUUGCUGUAGGGGUUAGAAGAAUGAACUACAUUCCCAGUGUCUAUUCACACUUCAGCAAAACAAACCUGCAUGAUUUAGCAGCUGUUUAUUUAACAUACCUUAACAACCUGCUCUCUGAGGUUAACUACUUGGCUGGUAGUUUUACUUCCUGUAUACCUGUUUGCUUGGCUGAUUUCAGAUGACAUUGGUGCUUGUUUUUUUUUUUUUUUUUUGACAAAAACAAUAAAAGAUUCAUGUUUUAUGUUAUUAUUGUCAGUUAUAUAGCGCCAACAGAUUCCAUAGUGCUUUACAAUAUUAUGAGAGGGGGGAUUUAACUAUAAAUAGGACAAUUACAAGAAAACUUACAGGAAUGAUAGGUUGAAGAGGGCCCUGCUCAAAUGAGUUUACAGUCUGUUAUUUUCAGCAUGUGAACAAAUGACUUAUUUUGUAUUUUACUCCUCAUUGUAUUUGUGUUUUUUUGGCGUGCAAAGGUUUAUACAUACAUGCCUGAGGUACCCCAACAGCAUUCCUCUGGCUUGGUUUCAUGGGUCACAGUAGGGUAAUAGAUUAUUUAUUUAUUUUUAUAUAUAUAUAUAUAUAAUAUUUUUAUUUUAUUUUUUAUUUUUUUUACGGCUCAUCAGCUACUAAAGGCUGGAUUAACCCUCAAUGUAAACAUAGCAGUUUCUCUGAGCUGCGGGGUUAAAACCAAGGGGACCUGGCACCCAGACCACUUCAUUGAGCUGAAGUGGUCUGGGUGCCUGUAGUGGUCCUUCUAACUUUUUGUGGAUUAGGAAUAUGACACCUACUGAUCCUGAGAUGGACAUUUUUUUCAAUACGGUUGUAGACCUGUAAUUUCCCCCUAUCUGAUUCACUAUGCCAUGUACACUGUUACAGACAUUUUGUAUUUGACCAACUUUAAUAAAUAAAGUCAGACAGUUAGCUACAGUAGUAGCUAACUAAAAUGCUUCAUAUAGAGCAUUUUAGUUAGCUACUACUGUUUUGUGGGGAAAAAACGACCAACUGGUGGUUUUAUUGAACAGUGUAAAGCUAUGUCCAAUAAUGUACAUCUGCCGUUAUUAAUGAUUAUAUUCUUGUUGUUGCAGUGUGUUCCCAAUUGACUAACACAAGCUGUGAGCAGUGUCUGAAGAAUGUCAAGGUUAGUGAUCAGAUGUGAUGUUUUGGAUAUUAUAAUAAAAUACAUUUAUCAUUAAAGAAACCUAUAUGACUCCAUGAACAUUCCUUUUCAACAUAUGUAUUUAGUAUGAGUCAUCUCAUCGGACAUAAUCAUUUAACUUGUUUUGUGUUUUUUUUUUUUUGUUUAACUUUUUUUUUAUAUUAUACAGUUGGUUAUAGUGAAUCUGUAAAUAUGGCUAGGAAGCUAAUAACUUUGAAGUAUUCUACCCUCAAGGCUACAAUUUGCUGCAGGUGUUGGUAUGCACACAUUUUAGCAGUAGGUCCUGAAAAAUUAAAUUUUAUAUUUGUGUGAUCAUCCCAUUAAUAUAAUACAAGCAGUUGUAGCUAUGGAACAUGUCCAAAACCAGAGCAUUUUACCUGCACAGAUAAUGAGCUCCCAGUACACUGAUCUACUGGGAUUUAAACUGCAUAAACAAUCCAAUGCACAUAUCAACAAUCAUUAUAGUUACAUUUAUCAUCAAAGCUGAAAAUCUCAAGACUUAUUAAACGUCCCUUUUAUUGCAGCUCCACCUGGGUCUGCUGCGACUGGCUCCGCCCCCACUCCACUUCCUUGGCCAAGAUCAUCAAAAUUGAUCUGAGCCAAUCCACAUUAGAAGGCUAUUGCACAUGCAUGGCAAAACGCCACGCUGCGCAAAAUCUGCAUCUACUCAUUUAAUCUAUGCAUCUCUAUGAUGUUCAGCACCUCCAUACAAAAUGAGGAGAAGCUGAAUGUAAUAUGCAGCACUGACCCAGAAAGCACCACUAGUAGCUGUAUGUGUGACUGCCACUAGAGGUGUUACUCUGAAAGGGCAGUGUUUACAUUAAAAGGCCUGCAGAGACAUGCUAUACCAAAACAACUGCAUUAAAGGGACACUAUAGUCACCUGAACAACUUUAGCUUAAUGAAGCAGUUUUGGUUUAUAGAACAUGCCCCUGCAGCCUCACUGCUCCAUCCUCUGCCAUUUAGGAGUUAAAUCCCUUUGUUUAUGAACCCUAGUCACACCUCCCUGCAUGUGACUUGCACAGCCUUCCAUAAACACUUCCUGUAAAGAGAGCCCUAUUUAGGCUUUCUUUAUUGCAAGUUCUGUUUAAUUAAGAUUUUCUUAUCCCCUGCUAUGUUAAUAGCUUGCUAGACCCUGCAAGAGCCUCCUGCAUGUGAUUGAAGUUCAAUUUAGAGAUUGAGAUACAAUUAUUUAAGGUAAAUUACAUCUGUUUGAAAGUGAAACCAGUUUUUUUUUUCAUGCAGUCUCUGUCAAUCAUAGCCAGGGGAGGUGUGGCUAGUGCUGCAUAAACAGAAACAAAGUGAUUUAACUCCUAAAUGACAGUGAAUUGAGCAGUGAAAUUGCAGGGGAAUGAUCUAUACACUAAAACUGCUUUAUUUUGCUAAAGUAAUUUAGGUGACUAUAGUCUUCCUUUAAGCCGUAGUUGUUCUGGAGACUAUAGUGUCCUCUUAUGGAAAUCCUGAUUUACAUGUUAAUCUCCAAUCUGUGCUUUCUUACCUAUGAUUUUAUAAGGUGUUCCUGCUCCUUGUUCAAUCACCCUGAGGCUUAAGGACCUUGUUUUCCUGUGCGUCUAAAUUUUUUUUUCUUCAGUAACUACAGUUUGUACGCUUGCCAAGGAAUAUGCAAUGAACAUGGUUUUUAACUAUGUAUUUUCUGAAUAAUGUUUUUUUUUAUUAGUUAUGUUGGGUAGGAAUAGGCAAUUGAGAAGGACACUUCUAAGUCAACUCGCCCUUUACAUUUUAAUGCAUUUUAUUAAUAGCUUCAUUGAAAACUGCUUGGAUUACAUUUGCCACCCUAUAAAAAUUUUAGUGAUCGCUCUAAUCUAAUAUUUUCUUGGAAUUAAUAGGAUAAUCUGUACUCAGUUUGACAUCACUCAAUGGUAUAUACUGUGCACUUAAAGGGGUACAGCAGAGACAGGGAACAGAUUAUUGUCUAGUAUACCCUUGGCUGGCAUCUAUAGUUAAUUUAUUUUAGAAACUAGCAUACUGGUAAACCUCACACUUGCAGGAAAUUAUACAAUAUCCUUGCUUUUAUUCCAGUAUCUACAGGCUUUUGACCAAUUCUUGAAAGUGCUUCCUUACAUCACGGGUCCUCAAACUCUGGUCCCCCAGAUGUUGCUGAACUACAACUCCCAUGAUUCUUUGAAUUACAUAGAUAGCCAGAGAAUCAUGGGAGUUGUAGUUCAGUAACAUCUGGGGGGCCGGAGUUUGAGGACCCAUGCCCUACAUUGUGCACUAUUCAUAUUCUCUCUCAAUGAACACAUUCCAAAUUAUUCAUGAUUUAAAAAAAUAAAUACUGUACUUCUAAAAUAUUUGUUUUGAGAACAUCUAUAACAUGUAUAUUUUUUAACUGAAGUGCCCCUUUAUGGUUUGCCUGUUCUGUUUCAUGCUAAGGUAUUUCUUGUAUGAGUUUAAAAGUAAUUUGCUCUGGAAACCUGUUCUACAGAUUCUCUGGAAUCUCUGACGAGCAGAACUGGAAGGAAAUUGAAUUGUGCACAAACAUCCCCUCCUCUCUGUGUUUGCAUUGAAUACACUAUGUUUAUUCCAAUUUAUGGUAGGAAGUGUGUCCUACUCACAAUCCCCAUCAUACUUUGCAUGUUCUAAUGUGGAUUAUAAAUGGUUUUGUAAUCCCGAUCGGAAUUUUCAUUACAAUGUUUAAUUGUUCAGUUAAACCAUUCCUCGUCUCUCACAAAGCUUUGACCUCCUAAUCCUGCAGCUCUGCUUUCUAAGCACCAAACAUCCAAGAACUAAAGCUCAGAGUAGCUUGCUAAAGUGCAUUAUAGUUAGAUUUAUCAAAGCUGAAAAUCUCAAGACUUAUUAAACUUCCCUUUUAUUGCAGCGCCAUCUGGGUCUGCUGCGACUGGCUCCGCCCCAAUCCCCUUCCUUGGCCAAGAUCAUCAAAAUUGAUCUGAGCCAAUCCACAUUAGAAGGCUAACUAUUGCACAUGCAUGGCAAAACUCCACGAUCAAUAUAUACUUCAAAGUAGUGUCUUGGAUGUUUGUUUUAUUAUAACUUUCUAGGUUUUCAGUAUAUCUAUUUCCAUAUAUGAUUUCUAUGUAACGUAACUGCUCUGCACAGAAGCAAGUUGUAUUUGGAGUGUUUCUUUAAUAAGAUAAUGGUAAAAUUUGGUUCUGCAAUAGUUUUUCAAACAUUCACCAUUACUUUACUGAGAGGGUAGUGGAUGCAUGGAAUAGCCUUCCAGCUGAAGUGGUAGAAGUUAACACACUGAGGUGGGAUAGGCAUAAGGCUAUUUGUGACAAACUCCCCUUUUCCUAUGAGUUUGCCACAAGUUUUUGGAGGGGCUUGUUUGCCAGCCUCUUGCCCAAGGACUAUGGCCCAUGUAUUAGACCUGGCUUCAGGACUGUGGAAAGACUUUGUUCAUGCCUUUUCCCCUCUACGGUUCAGUUUAUUGGGCUACCGAAUGGAUUAUGCUUAUGGUGUGCGUUUACCGAACAAACAACCGAACAGUCGGACCACACGCAAGUGGAGUAUGCAGCUUAUUUACCUCAUAGGCUGGGAGUUAACUUCAGCCAAGUUGACGAACGGCUGGAUGGUCACAGUUUGUAAAGUCAAACACGUGGUGGCAGCCAUCUUGUUUAGUUGAACGCGUCCAGUGGUGUUUUGUCGUUGAGCGCAUGGAACUAAAAUCAGACACUCAGCGGCACGAACACCGCUGGGACUUCCACCUCCAGUUAGGUUCGACUAGAAUUGCAUGAACGGAGCACCGUUCAGUAGAAAUAAUCUACUGAACCAGAUGCACAAAUGGCUCAGUUCGACAAUUUGAACGUUACUUUGACUGUUGAAAUAGACCGGCCGCACAGCCUAAUUCUCUGGAACUAUUCUGGGCAUGAAGCUGUGCGGUCGGUCAAAAAGAGACUUCCAGGAAAUUCCUGAACCCCUGCUCUAAACUGGGUGAUUUUUGCAUAUGUUGUUCACCCAGGUCAGGGCUAUCAGGGGGUGUGACAUUUAUGGGAAUGUUGUGCUUUGGGGUACUUAUGAGACUUUGUAAAAUGUGUUUUGGUGUUUGGUUUUUUUUGUUUUUUUUUUUGCCUGGAGGUAAUGGAGUUAUUACAGUAUCUGACUCUGUUUGUAAUAGGAGUGUCAUACUUUGUCACUGUAUUGUUAUUGGCUGUAAACUUUGUGUCCCUGUCCUCCACAAGGUCCAUGUGGGAGUGCCCUUGCAUGGGGACUUGCAUAAAAAGCCAGCUGUGGCUUCCAUUAAACACACUUGUUUUAUUCUUCAUGAAGUCUAGGCUCAUGUUUGGAGAACUACAUUCACUCUAGGGAUUGCUAUAACCACUAUAAUCACUAAGCUCUUGUAAGAGCUGUUCCUGCUACACUCUCUGGACUAGGAGAGGUCUACCUACUGGAAGCUGGUCUUGGGUCCAGGGUGGGUGGACGGCGACGAGACCCCAACCAAACUGCGGCGGUUUGUGUGGUUUACAGUGGUUAUGGUGUUCCAGUGCAGUGCUUAUGGUACUAGGAAGCUGCAAUUGACGGAGGUACCCGGUCUGGGUGCCAGGCGGUCCGUCACACUAUCCUAGACUUACGAUAAGGCCAGGGACUAAUUCAAAGUAUCCCUAAAUAUUGGGCCGAAUGAUUCUUAUCUGCCGUCACAUUCUAUGUUUUCUAUUUUAACCUUUAGGCCAAACUAGCAAUAUAUUUUCCAAGUCAGCUUUGUUUCCAGUUUGGGUAUGCGUCUGGAAUUUCUGGCAGCUCAGUCUUUAGUGAAUAACCCUGGAUGUAAUUAAAUUUCUCUUAAUAAAGGUUGGACUUGUUGUAAAGUAAUAACUUGCUGAGUAGAUGUAUGGCAGCUCAGUCGUAUAAAAUUCUAGAGUCAUUGUUGCUGGAUGAGAUAAUACUCUUUCCAUUGAAGUUUUGUAAUGUGUCGCUUGAGAAUUCCACAAAUCAAGAGUUACAUCAUAUAUGAUCAGUUUCCUGUGAGUCAUGGUAGACCUGCCUAGUCAUGUGUUACAAGUUUGAAAAGGACAAAGUAGCUUUUGUAUUGUGGGGUUAAAAGAACUUUAACCCCUUAAGGACACGUGACAUGUCAUGAUUCAUUUUUAUUCCAGAAGUUUGGUCCUUAAGGGGUUAAAUAUUCUGCAAUAUACUAUAGUAUUUGUUCUGUUAAAGUUUUUAAUCACUCCUUUUUUAUAACUAUAUUUAACAGCAGUUGCUUAGUACACACAGUACUAUGCAGCAGGCUGUAGUGGUUAUGGUACUUGGCGUAUUCUUUUAAAAUAAUAGAAUAAUAUUUUAGAUUAAAGCAAAGUACUAAAUCACAAUCUCUGUCCAAGUUGACUCCCACUGGAGGAAUGAAAAUUAUAAGCAAGUCAUUCUAAUCAGGUUUAAAUACAUGGCCAACUGAGGGCAUUCAAACUAUAGAACCAGCACUACUGUCAUUCCUCUUGAAACAAUUGGUACCUGGAUUAAUAAAUCUAAGACCUGCUGGAAUUAUUCCAGAAACCUGUAUAGUGUCAUUAGUGCAAGUCGGUCCAGUCUGUUAUGGCAAUCUGUAGAUAAGAGUAAUCCCAAUCUGGUAAUACAAUUCAUGGUCAUUAUUUUGGCUUUUUUUUUAAUGAAAUAACAUUCGGUCUAGUGCGCAGUCUCUUCUUUUGCCAGUUCUCCAGAAAGCCCAGUUUGGUGAAUACAUUUUAAUGAUGGGGAAGUGUUACGUAUGUUGCUAUUACAUGUGGAACUGUAUUUUGUUUCACUUAACCCUGUAACUCAAGAAAUGAGUCCCGUUAGUGAAAGAUAAUCUACCAGAGGUAACUCUUGGUAUGAGUGCCUUUUGAUGUACAUGUAGAGAAAUCAUGGGAAAGUAAGAUUUAAACAUGAUGUGGAAACAGAAUAUAUGUAAAGGCCAUAGGUGUGUAGUUGUGGGUGGGGUUUAUCAUGGUUAGUACCUCUGGACCACAGGUGUCUUGGGGAAAACUUACCUUCUGGUCCUCAGUUUUUCCGGGUCACAGCAUACUGUGUGAGGUGAUGAGUAGGAAAGGAUUGCAGUGCCGUGAGUCCUUCCCCUGGCGUUUUCUCGAGCUAUGAGGUUGUUACAUGGACCAGAGGAUGAGGGUAGGCUAGACCCCUCGGUGAUUCGACUACCCGCUUGUACUGGGUUAUCACAGUUUACUGCAGGCUCUGCUAUCCUCCUGUUUAACAUGGGGUUUUAUUAUAGGGUGUGCCACUGCAUUUUUGGCUAAAUGUCCGUACGUUCCUGCCUUCUCCCGCUUUAUUUUGUCAUCUCAAUUUUAACUCCACGAUCAAUAUAUACUUCAAAGUAGUGUCUUGGAUGUUUAUUUUUAUUAUAGCUUUCUAGGUUUUCAGUAUAUCUAUUUCCAUAUAUGGUUUUUAUGUAGUAUGUAACGUGACUGCUCUACACAGAUUUGCUGCAUCCAGUACUAUAUGGUAAAGCUACCACUUAAUGUGUAAUGAGAUUAUACUACUUCUAGUAAAUAGCCAUUGUCCCUCAGAAUUGACUACAAUUUUUAAAACCGUACCCCGAAGUGGCUUUCUGCCUAGUUCACCUGGCUGUACAUGGAGAAUCGCCUCAUUGUAAUGCUGAGGGAUGCGUGGAGUGUGUGUGGUCUGCCCCUCAAAGUUGCUACAUAUUGCCACCCAGCACUCUGAUUCUUGGGGGAAUAUCGGGUAUAGAGAACCAUGGACGUGGUUUGCAAACCAAAUACUGUGGCUCCAGACCAACAUGAAUCCAUUUUCUCUCCUAUCCAGUCCCAUAACACAGCCUUAUCCACCACCCCCACACUACAGCCCCUAAAGGAACACUACAGCAUUGGGAAUAACAUGUAUUCCUGGUGUUGGUGUUCCCCCAACCUAUUUAGGGGGGAGUUGGGGUGAAGUCAUGAGGGUUUGAAAGGAGUAUUGCUUUAAUACCGCGGCUGCUCCCCCUCCCUGGCUGCCAUCAUUCAGACUGAUGAUUUUUAACCAUAGGAAAGCAUUGGGAGGCUAGCACAGCAGCAUUUGAUUGACCAGGCUUGCUCUGUAAUCACAGUGAAGUAACUCUAUUCGCGAUCAUGUGUUUAACCUUGCAAGCGAUGCAUUGCAGUUUCAACACACCUGCGAUAUAUGAAAUUGCAGAGUAAAUUCUAAAUAGCCACUACAACAUCCUGGUACACUUAAGUUGUGUUUUUUUUUUUUUUUUUACAUUUAAAUGCUAUGAUAGCAGGAAACCUCAAUGACAUGGCAUGAUGAGAGAAUAUUAUUUAUAUAGCGCCAACAAAUUCCGCAGCGCUUUACAAUGGGUGAACGAACAGACAUGUAGUUGUAACCAGACAAGUUGGACACACAGGAACAGAGGGGUUGAGGGCCCUGCUCAAUGAGCUUACAUGCUAGAGGGAGUGGGGUAAAAUGACACAAAAAGGUAAGGAUAGUAUUAGAUUAGUGACAGUUGCAGAAGGGGAAUCAGUCAGGAGUUAUUAACCGUUUAAUUCAUACGCUUUUAUGAAGAAGUGGGUUUUUAACUAUUUUUUUUGAAGGAGUGGAGACUGGGUGAGCAUCUAAUGGAGGAGGGAAUAUAACCGAAGAACAGUUUAACUUGAUCUUCAAGAGCUGCAAUACUGUCUGAAUGUUGGGCAAAUCUAAGUUUUUAUUCUUAAUGCCGGGCUGAAUAUGGAGUCCUACGCUUCUAGCCAUGCCUUCUUAACACUUAAAGUCUGGAGGGUAAAUAGCACUCAGUGAUUUUUCUACCUACGAGAGCUGAAUUUUCACUCACCAGGGAACUGAACCCUGCUUACUGUGUCAUUAUGCUGAGCACAUAUCUUAAAUAUGUGUCCUUUCUCUCUCCCUGAAAGUUUCAAAGUAUUUGUUUAUCCACGGGCUGUAUUUGCUUUUACAUGGUUUGGUUGGAGGGAGGGAGAAUGCUAAAUCCCUUGAUAGAAAUGUUUAGGGAAAAAUGGUGUAUGAUGUCAAGGGAAGUAAAUACAGAUUUGCCUUUUAAAGACCCUGAAAAUCUCUGUAAACCUAGUUAGGAAAAUGGCAUGUAACUCAGCUGCAUGGCUGUAUACAAUUAAAGCUGCUGGUUAGGAUUCUCAAGGGUUUCAUCUAAAACCAGAAUGCAUUAGUGCUUAUAUAUGUAAAGGUUACUAACUGCUCAACCGGGUCGUACAUGACUGCCCAGGUGCUGUAUGCUUGUACAAUGAAUACCGGUAUUUUAACUAGCAAGUAAAGCAAUCCACUUCAUUCCUAACUACCAAACUAGCAAUCAGAUUUUAAUAUGCCUAUAUGGAAUAGUUCUAAUUAUUAAGAAUUCAAUGGGGGUGGGACUUGGCCACUGAGGAGAGUGGUCACAUAUCUCCACUUUGGCAGCCUUAAUUUUCCUCAUAUUCUGCUCUUACACAGAGAAGAUACCUCAUUCUCGCAUUUGAUUCACAGUGCACACAUGUGGAAGAGGCGCAAAAAAGCUUAAAGCUCUCCCUGUCACGGGAUCCCAAAAUAUCGGAAAUAAUUUAUCAUGCAGGCCUAAGCCUGAAAUAGCACCACUAUCUGAUAUCCUCACUUCUCCUCAGAGGAUGUCUUGGGCACCCCUGUUGAAAUCCCCCUCCACACCUUUCAGUGUUGAUCUGGUAAUGAUGUGGGAGGACCUUCACCUCCUCUAUGCCACAGUGAAAGCACCAAAGUGGAAUAUCUCCUUUAUGGCACAGCAACAAGCAGGAACCACAGUAAAAGUGACUUUGUUACAGGCCGUUAAUUGAACAUUAUAACUUUAACUUAAUACUCUGGACAACAACCGACGACAAAGCAAUCUUAGAAUUUAGGACAUAGCAAAAUCAGUUGAUUCCUUCUAGCAACCAUUAUCCCACAGUGCCAAGGAAACGUUAUACACCUAGAAAGCUGCUAUUGGCUACCAAAAUCUGUGUGCACCUGUUGAUGUAUCUAGACAUCUUUUGAUACGUUUUCAACUGGACGCACUGGGAAAAAAAAGGUUUCACUAAUAUUUAAGGCACCACAAUUGGUGUGUGGCUUGUUUUUUAAAGACUUAUGCAGGUCCACUCUCAGGGGGUGUUGAUCCUUUCUGCAAAGACCCAAAGCCUUAUGGGACACUUGCAGUACUUACUGGUGGUAAUUCUUGUUCUUCUCAUGAUCGCCAUUAGUCGUUGUCCUAGCAGUGAUCCGGUCAGUUACCAGCAUGACAUUUUGGGAAUUUUUAAUAGUUUAUUUUUUUUCAUGCAGAUGUCUUUAACUUUUGAAUUGUUAACAUGAAAGAAUUUUUUUUUUUUUUUUCCUCUCUAGUGCCUUUGGUGCAGCACAGACAAUGAAUGUAUGGUUUACCCACUCAAAAAGCUCCUGCCUCCAGCAUCCAUAUGUAAACUGAGUAGUGCCCGCUGGGGAGUUUGCUGGGGUGAGUAAUUGUUUGUUUUGUUUUAGUGUUUUGUAUGUUUUUAAUGUGUAAUUAAAGGGACACUGUAUUCACCAAAACAACUUUAGCUUAAUGAAGCAGUUUUGGUGUAUAGAACAUGCCUCACUGCUCAAUUCUCUGCCAUUUAGGAGUUAAAUCACUUUGUUUAUGCAGCCCUUGCCACACCUCCCUGCAUGUGACUUGCACUGUCUUCCUAACACUUCCUGUAAAUAGUAAUCUAAUGUUUACACUUUCAUUAUUUAUAAUUUAGGAUUCUUAUCUUCUGGUGUUAAUAGCUUUCUAGGCCCCGCAGGACCCUCCUGUAUGUAAUUAAAGUUCAAUUUACAGAGCAGGAGAUAAUGGUUUAAUUUUUAGUCUUUAAAAGCUUUUUUUUUUUUUUUUUCUCAUGCUGGUUGUGUAAAUCACUUGCAAGAAGGUGUUGCUAGGGCUGCAUAAAUAGAAACAAAAGCAAUUUGACUCCUAAAUAGCAGAGAAUUGAGCAGUGAGACUGCGGGUUUCAUUAAGCUAAAGUUGUUUUGGUGACUAUAGUAUCUCUUUAACCUUGAGAAACACCAUAAAGUGUGUGUUGCUUGAAAAAUUCAUAUCUAAAAUAUUUCCAGAUCAGUCCAAUCUUAUACCACGAGUAAAAAAAAAAAACGUCGGUCGCAAGAGUUUUCUGAGAACAGACCGCAACUGAAAUAGCCUGCUCUCCGGUGGGUCCCCGCUCAGAACUGAAGCUGGUUUUAGCUCAUCUUGUGCCAUUACAGAGAGAACAUAUCAGACUGGUCCCACCCAAUCGAGCAGUCCAGAUCCGAAAGGCCAGCAAAUUCCCUCUGCACGAAGGACACAGCAACCCCAGACAAUCGUUUCAGCCUUGUUAGCUAAAACCAGCUGGAGAUCUGAGCGGGGACCCACCGAAGGGCAGGCUAUUUCAGCCGCUGCCCGUUCUUAGUAUUAUCUUGCGCCCCGUUUUUUGCAAUCUUAUACCAUCCCUGCAGUAUGAGCCAUAAAGAGUUACUGAAACCAAAAGCGUGCUUGUGUUUUUAUUUUAUUUUUUUUAAUUAAAUGUAUACAACACCAUGUUGAGGCAAAGUUCUUCCUGUAGCCUCAACGUGUUCUCUGCAGUUCACUUUUUGUGACUUCCUUCUCACGGCAGGGGAGGAACGUUUCUGAUAAGGAGCUGAGGUGCCGCUGGUAACCUGUUACCAGUAUGCUAUGAAUGCUGACGCCAAAUGUCUUAUGCACAGAAUUAAACUCUGGCCGCAAAGUUCAUGAUCUCUGUAUAUGCUGCACAUAGACUCCACAGAUUUGAAGUGUAAAUGAUACUUUAAGUGGUCAUGGUGCUUCAAUUAACCAUUAAAAGAUCCUAAUUUACUUCAGCUUGGAUUGUAAUUGCUUGGGCCAGCACUGACGAGUUUAGUUUUAAUAGUAUUUAUUAAUUAAUUUAAGGGCAGGGAUAGUGUUUGUUCUCUUUAAGCAGUCUGGACUCACACAUUUGUCGCAGGACUAAUUAUCCUCCCAGUGUUCGUGAUGGCGUACUUUCUGGUAUUUGUUUUUCCACUGAUGAAGAUGUGAUGAUGUAGUCUUGAUGCCUCUGCACACACUAUUGCACGCAAUAAUUUUACUGGGAAGAGAUGACAAAUUCCAUCACUGUAGCGUUUGGUCACUUACUUCUUUCAUGUAUUUCAAGAAUAUCCAAUAAAAAAAAAAAAAACCUAGUUACCGGUAACUGUGUUCUUUUUUUUUUUUUUUGUUUGAGUCCUAAGCAAAAAUAUAGUUGCAUAACAAACAUGAGCAGGAGAUUUAAAGACACACAGUAGUAAUGCAAUGCAGGUAUUAGAAUUCUAAGCAAUAUAACAUACAGAUCAUAUGCAGUCCCAUGCUACCAGCCAGGCCUUAGAAGUUACUUGCCACUGCACACGCCAGGGGGGAAAUUCUACUCACUGAGUGGAGUUUUUGAGUCCAAGUUGGUGAUUGAGUGGAUUAACAGUUUAUGCACUAAAAGGUCAGCCUAAGCACUACUUUGCAUAGUAAGUGUAAGGUUUUUUUUUUUUUUUUUUUUUUUCACUGUAUCCCUGCCACUGAAUAGUAGCAGGGCUUCUUUAGGGAGGAUUUGUUCAGGCUGAGCGCAUGUGGAGUGCACCUCUAGUGAAUGCAGACCACAGUAAUUGCUCCCUCACAGUCCAGCGCUCACUAAUGAAUCAUGGCUACCAGAAUUCCAAGCCUACACUCUGACCUGCGGAAUGCAGUGACUGUGAGGGAGUGACUGCUGUGGUCUGCACCCACCAGAGGUGGAGACUUCUUAAACUGGAAAACAAGGGAGUUUUAAACCCUGUUGGACCACCAUGGAUCGCAGCCUACCUCCCUGCAAAAAGAAAAGCAGGAGAGGGUGCAAAACAGAUUACAAAUUCACUGGGUGCAUCACCCAUGCACACAGCCAGGAAAAAUCUCCCACCAUGCAAGUUGCACACAGCUGGGGCAUACCAUGCAAAUUAGACCAAGUUGGGGCACACCAUGCAUGCACAACCCUUGCACAUACGUGCUCACUAUGGGGAGUUCUGAGGGAGAGACUGGGAGUAAGCUGAGACACCCUGGGUUAUUUAUUCAACUCUGAAUUUUCACACAUUAAAUCUGAAUAGAAAAGUUUGUAACUGUAGGUGAAAUGGAGAAUAUUUUUUUUUUUUUGUCUAGUUAUAUUUUGAAUUGAAUAAACUAGUUUUUAUUUGUCAUGUGUUAACUUGUUUUUUUUUUGUUUUGUUUUUUUUUUUCUGUUUUCUUUUAUCCCUGUUAGCAACAAAGGGAUAACAUUAAGUGGCUGUAUGCUUACAAAUGGACAGCAAUAGUUUUAAACUGGUCAGUCGGAUUUGUUUUUCACUUUAUUCAUUUUUUUUUUUUCUGCAUUGCACACAUAGCUGAACCCGGUUUAAGUAUAGAAAGUUAGGUGUUUUUCCCUUGACUUUCAGGACACUUGUUAUGGAUCAGUCCUCAUGGGUACCCCAUACUCCAUUAAAGUUGGUACUGUUUAACUAUAUGAUGUGAUUUAAUCUUUCAUAUCUUAAAUUAACUUCUUUUUUUUUUUUACUCCAGUUAAUUUUGAAGCUUUGAUCAUCGCCAUGUCUGUGGUUGGAGGAAUCAUCAUCCUUUCUAUAUGUAUCUGCUGUUAUUGUUGUUGUUGCAGAAAGAAGAAGAAGAGCAGAAGGUAAGCACACUGGCAUAGUAUAUUUUAGUGAAAAUUCUCUGCAUGUUUUGUUCCAUUUCAGGGUAUUUUAAAGGGACACUUUAGUUACAUGAAGCAGUUUUGUUGUAUAGAUCAUGUCUCUGCAGUCUCACUGACUAAUUCUCUGCAAUUUUAUGAGAUAAAUCAAUGUUUAUGCAGCCCUCUGCAGUCUGCACACCUCCCUGCAUGUGACUUACAUAGCCUUCUUUAACACUUCCUGUAAAGCGUCAUCCAAUGUAAUCUAAUCUAAAGUUAAUCUAAACUUCCUUUUAUUGCAAAUUCUGUUUAAUUUAGAAUUUAUCUCCUGCUCUGUUAAUAGCUUGCUAGACUUUGUAGAAGCCUACUGUUUGUGAAUAAAGUUCAAUUUACAGAGCAGGAGAUAAAAACUUUUAAUUAAAAAUUAAACCAUUUUUUUUCCAUGCAGGCUGUGUGAGUCACAGGGGUGGUGUGACUUGGGCUGCAUAAACAGAAACAAAAGUUAUUUAAUUCCAAAAUGACAUAUAAUUGAGCAGUGAGCCUUCAGGGGCACGAUCUGCACACUAAAACGGCUUCAUUAAACUAUAGUGUCAUUGUAAGGAAAGGUAAUCUGCAACCCAUCCCUAUUCUGUCACUCUGCUACUAUAGGCUAUGGGGAAUGGAAGUGAAACAAGAAUCAACAAAAAUAAUCCAAUUCAGUUAAUCCCCACUCUGGUUUCAUGUCACAUGUGCAUUUUAUUUGUACAUAAAUGUCAUAUUUACUUUUGUACUAUGAAAGGAUAAAGAUGUCACUUUACCAACUAUAGUUUAAAUAUUGAUUCUCAUUUAAUAAGCGGUUUCACCUGUAUCACUUUAAUCUCCUCUUCAAAUCAAAACAUCCUACUGAUUGAUGAGUGGAUGAACCCUGUUUAUAUUAAGGUGGCAAAAAGUGAGAAAUCAAUAGGCUAUUCAUGAAACCUUGCUUUGUGCAUUUUCUUUUUGCGUAGGCAGAAAAAUUGGUAAAUUGUUGGUGGUUUUUGUGCAAAUUGCAAUAUGCCAUGUUUUUCAAAGGGUUUGUGUUAUGGGGAAUUUUUUAGUAUUUUGCUGCCUCUUUAUUCACUAAGUCACAUACAAUACUGCAUCUCAAUGUUCUUAACCCUUGGUAGUCUUCUUUUCCAAAUAUUGUCCAUACUGUUUGUAUUAUAUGAACACUCCAAACACAUUAACACUGAAACAAUGUUUACUUUACAUUUUAACUACUUACUGGAGGGGGGAAGAGUUAAUUUAGUUAAAGUUUUGCUCUUUAACCCCUUAAGGACACGUGACAUGUCAUGAUUCCCUUUUAUUCCAGAAGUUUGGUCCUUAAGGGGUUAAAGAAACACUCCAGCAACCUAACACAAUGAAAGUGAUCUACAGUAUUGUAACACUCUUUCUACAUGUUGUUUUCUUUGUCCAUGGAAAAGAGCCUCCAGUUUAUUUGUGGUGGGAUUUUAAAUGGGGUGUCGUGCUGAAAUCUUCAAGUUGGUAGCUGGUUCUAAUAUUUAUGGCCAUCUCAAAUCCACAAAGUGAAUAUGUAUAUUCAUUGUAUCACUGAUCAUAGCAUUUAUAUUUAUUUUUACCGCAAAUAAGAGGAGCAAAUCUAGGUCCUCUAUAACACUAUUGGUGCACAAGUGAAGCAACACUAUGGCUGGCACGAGAUACAGAUUGUGUUUACACUGGCCGGCCUGUGUUUUACCUUCACUGUUGCAUCUAUUUGACAAGCAGAAUAUAGAUAAUAUUGUCACAUUAAGCUUCCUGAAUUACAAUUGGGAACUUGGUGUUUAUACUGAAAUAUGUAUUGCUACCGUAAACCACUUUUGCUGAGCAGAUCCCCCUGUUUGCUUUUAGUUUGAAUCAAACAGGUCACGUAACAGUUCAGUCCCAAGUUCUACUUAUAAUAGAAUCUUCAAAAGGCUCAUGGUUUUAGCUGUCUAUUUAAAUAGUAAGGCAUGUGCAGAUUCCUUGCUAAUCUCCUAAAACAACAAAACCCACAAGACUUCUUGGUGUUUUUGUUUUCCUCUUUAUAUAAGUUUUUCCUAAUUAAAUCAUAGGUUUACAUCACAUGUUAAGUGCUACCCUAAAAUUUACUGAUUCGCCUGUAUCUCUGCUGUAUAUACGAAUAAUCUUGCCAAUGGCCAAAGUACUUCUUCUUUUCUUUUUUUUUUUUUCUUUUCCCCUCCGCUUUUAAAAAUAUGGUUUUGUAACUGGCAAUGGCCAGUUCAGUCUGUGAGGAGACUGACCUCUUAUAAUUUUUUUUUUUUUUAUAUAUAAUUUUUUUUUUUUAAUUUGCAUUUUUAUCUAUUUAUAUAAAAUGCACCAAUAUAAAAGUUUUUAAUGAAACUUGCCACAUCUCCACCGUGUAGCAAUGGCAGGUAUCUCCUCCUAGACCAGGCUAAAGACUAGUUUAUGGAGAAUGGACUUUUAGGGCUUUAUGGAUUCUAUAAUUCAAUUCUGGCAGCAGUCCUAUUGAUCACAUAGGAUGAAUAAACUGAUAGGAGCCAGGCCAUGGAUGCAUAGUUAGACCGUAACAUCAGUUUUGUGAAUGGGGCUGUGUAGGACAAUCUCAUUAUCUGUUCACUGCACAAGUGUGCAACUGAGGCUUGGCCUCUUUGUGAGAAUUGGAGAGUGGAGGUAGUGCCUUGCAUGCUAUGCAAACCUUGUACACAGAAUAUGUAGUGAUCUGGGCAGCAAAUCGGGAAGUAUAUAAUAUUAUAAAAACUACCACAACAAGAGGACAUAGUCCUAAAUUAGAGGGGCAAAGGUUUAAAAAUAAUAUCAGGAUGUAUUACUUUACAGAGUGUAGUGGACGCAGGAAAUGGCAUUCCAGCUCAAGUGGUAGUGGGUAACACUGUGAGGGAGUUUAAGCAUGCGUGGGAUAGGCAUAAGGCUAUCCUAGCUAUAAGGUCAGGCCAGGGACUAAUGAAAGGGUUUCGAAAAUUGGGCAGACCAUAUGGGCCAAAUGGUUCUUAUGUGCCAUCAUAGUGUACGUUUCUAUAAAUUCCCUCUUUAACGUCAGAGAAUGGACAAUCCUAUAGAUGCAGCAAUUUUAUGUAUUUUUCUAAAUCACUGCAGCCACAAGCAAAUGUGUGCAGGGAGGUGAAGACCCCCAUUUACCACAACACUGUUUUGGGAUAAGUGUUUCUAUAAAAUGUAUAUCAGGAUGAUGAUAUUUAUAUGCCCACUUUUUUUUUUUUUUUGUACAUUCUCAAAUUUUUUUAAUUUUAUUUAUUUUUAUUUUUUUUUUUUCUUGUGGUGGAUGGCUUGUUAGGCUGUAUGUAUGUAUGUAUGUAUUAUUCCCCCAGUGAAUGCCACGUAUUAAAACAGCCCUUGUUUUAGAAUUUGUGUAGUUCUUAGAAGUGGAAAUACAUGGAUUAAUAUUUAGGAGCAUAAAACUUAUUUAUAUUUUUUUUUGGUGUUUUUAUGUUCAGUUGUUACUUGCUGUUACAGUUCGUGCACUUGCUGAACUGAUUUGAAAUUAGACUGUUUUCAUUUCAGCGCUGCUCUGGACAAUGAAAAAGCUUUAAGACAACAGGAAGAGCGAAAAGUACGUCAGGAGGAAAGGUGAGUAAAAUUUCAAUCUCCCCUUAUGACAGAUGGAAAAUGACCACUUCUUGCAACACCAGUUUUGUGUUUGUGUGUAUAUGUAUGAUUACAUUACACAGUAACUGCCUGGGUAAUUGACUAAACUACUUGUCCAGCAUAAACUAUCAUUGACUUGCUUUUUUUCAGAUCCUUGUACACCACUCUUCCCAUACUUUGGUCAGUGGGUGACUAAAUAAAACCUAGUGUUGCCACUCAAGGCCAGUGGGUGGUGGCUACUUAUCAAACUAGGGAUGGCCGGUUUAGAUCUAUACAUAUUUUCUUUCCUUCAUUCCAGAAAUGACAAGAGAAAAGCAUCCAUAAUUUUAGAUGGCUGCUAAUGAAAAUUAAAGGGGCACUAUAGUCACCAGAACAACUACAGCUUAUUGAAUUUGUUCUGGUGAGUAGAAUCAUUACCUUCACGCUUUUUGCUGUAAACACUGUCUUUUCAGAGAAAAAGCAGUGUUUACAUUACAGCCUAGUGAUAACUUCACUGGCCACUUCUAAGAUGUCUGUUAGAGAUCCUUCCUGGGUCAUGGCUGCCUAAAAUGCAUCCAAACAUUCAGUAUCUCCUCCCUUUGCAUGUAGACACUGAACUUUCCUCAUAGAGAUUCAUUGAUUCAAUUCAUCUCUAUGAGGAGCUGCUGAUUGGCCAGGCCUGUGUUUGAAUCAUGCUGUCUCUGCCCCUGAUCUGCCUCCUUGUCAGUCUCGGUCAAUCCUAUGGGGAAGCAUUGUGAUUGGAUCAGGCUACCAUUUCUGAUGUCAGCAGACGGCUUGUUUUUCUAAGGCACACAGCAUGCAGAUCUACAGCUUCAGGCUUGAAUACAGUAAGAUGUUGCUAUAUUUAUGGAGGCAUGAGUGGCACAGGGGGGCUAGAUGGUGAUUUUAACCCUAUAGGGUCAGGAAUACAUGUUUGUGUUCCUGACCCUAUAGUGAUCCUUUAAGUACUGAAUCACAUAAAAUCUAAAAAUCUAGGCCCAGAUUUCAGCAAUAUGUCUGACAUCCAGAUCAUAUUCAGGCUCAUUUGGAGCCUUCUCUGGCCUGGGAAGCAAUAGAUGAUGGUUUUGCCACAUUUGGUGUGGUGACAUUCAAAGUGUAGUGAAUUAUGGUCUAUCUUUUAUUCUGCUUGUCACCAAAUUUGGAAUUUGUUGCGAUUCGUGUAAAAGUAUUAUGCUAUUGCUCCAUAUGUUAAGACAUUCUGCACCCAUGAUUGCAGUCUAAUCUAAGGACGUGUAAUGAACAGAACCCUAGCCUAUGGGUUCACAAGGAGAGAGGCCUAAUAGUGCCCCAGUAAAACUUGCAUUAGUUUCAUGUAUCUAUUUUAUAAAACAAAUUGAAUGGGUUAAGCACCAUGGCCUCUUCGAAACGCUGAAGUGACCAUGGUGCUUUUAGCAACUCUUUAAGACUUUCUAUACAUAUUUAUUUUUUUUUCUUUUCUUGAUAAAGCUUCUGGUUUCUGUUUUUCUUAGGAGAGUUCAAAUGAAGACACGACAUGAUGAAAUAAGGAAGAAAUAUGGUAAUGUGAAUGUUCUGUAAAAUAAUUUUAAGAAUAUGCCAAUAAGAUAUGGUUACACCAAAAGAUUGUCAUAUUUGCAUUUCAACUUUUUUUUACAGCCAUAUGUUCAAUUGCCUGAGCCAUUCCAAGUCAAUGUAUUUUUUUUUUACACUACAUCCUGUUGCUAAGCUUGAAAUAUAUGAAUAAAAAGUACAUCCUCUGGUGCUGUGUGGGUGACAUAAAAUGGUAGCCCCAUCCAAGCCAUUUGACAUCUGGAAUUUGAAUCUAAUUUCCAUUUUCACUAUUUAUUUUUUGUAGGUCUGUUUAAAGAAGACAACCCUUAUUCCAAGUUUGAAGCCUAAUCUCCUGGAAAUGAGCACUGUUUCUUUACGAGGCUACAAAUUCUCUCUUCAGCUGAAGCAUCCCCAGAUCUUUCAAUUGUUUAUUCCUUGGUAUAUUGGUCAGAGGUUGUUCCUAGAAGCACUUACAGUGCAGGUUUGUAGAGACUCCUCACCUGGGCACUAAUGGAUUUUCAGCACAGAUUAAUUUUCAUAAAUGAUUGAAACACUUGUGCCAGUUGAAGAGAAUUCUUUAAGCCUGUGCUUUUUGGGCCUCUUUACCAACCAACUGUGCUCCCAACCCAUCCUUCUUCUUAGGGGGUAACUGCUCUAAGAAUGUAUUCCUAUAAUUUGAUUCUGAAAUAGAAGCUGCACUAUCACCAUGUUUCCUCCCGUGGUGUGUAAUGUACCUUAAUGUAAAAUAUAGAAAACAAUAUAGCAAAAUAUGUACCAAUGAAUGCAAAAACAGAACUUACCCUAGAACUUGCAUUGAGUUGAUCUCAAUACAAGACCUACAAAAAGAUUGAAGCAAACAAUACUAUUGUAGAAAACUGACAAAAAGUAACUUCUAAACCCAAAGAUGCUCUUCAAAGCCUUUAAUAAAAUUAAAUGAGGAACAUUGUGGGUGUAGGGGCAGUUUAGCUCUGCACAAUUCCUCCCAUAAUGCCUUAGAAUAAAUUCUAAAAUAAAAGGUUCAACACAAGUGCCUAUUCUGCUUUGGGGAAGUCUGCCUUGCCUGAUAGAUGCACAGUUAAUGAAAACCAAUAUAUCUAUGUCCGCAACAAAGUACCAAAUUUAGCCAUUUACAUCCUCAAACAUUUUGUCAUAUAUUUAAUUUGUCACCUAUAGAAUUUAGAAAACUAAAAUUACAAAUAGAAUGUAUUUUCUUUACACUUCCUCUAUGCUUUAUAGAUUUACUUGGAGCAAGGUGGGAAGGUUUUUAAUGGUAUUGCAUAAAAUCUGUUUAAACUGUAAAGGUUUUGUGUAUUAAUUUCUAAUUUCAUGUAAUCUCUAAUUGUAUAAAUAUUUGGUACCAAAAAUGUGAAACAAAAAAAUUCUUUAAAAAAAAUGUUCCAUUACAAAUACUGGUUUUCUUAAACUUGGAUAUAUGCUUUAUUUGCCUUUUUUAGUUUUCAUGUAAUCAAACCUGCAUUUACACAUUUUGACUUUUACACAUGUAUAUUGGCAAACGUAUAUCUAUUUAAUUUUUUUGUUUUAUAUUUUUUCCCUUUCCUUUUUGUACUGGUAGUCCAAAAAUAUAUAUGCACACCUGCAUGCCAUGUCAGUUUUUAGGACCUUUCGUAGUGUAAAUAAGUUUGUUUUAAUAAGUGGCUUUUUUUUUUUUAUCAUUAUUAUAAAUUAAACCUAUUAUUGCGCCUUAAACUUAACACACCACCCAUUUCAUACUAUUAGGCCAACAGGCCAAUUUAUCUGGCUAUAGAUACAACUAAAAUAUCACUAAAUUCUAUUCAGUGUUUUCCGCUCUGCAAGGCCACAGAGGAAUCGUUACCAGGCACACAUUUUGCAACUUUGUGUUUAUAUUUUUUUAUUUUAAACAGUGUCACCUAGUGUUUUGUCUGACAUUUAUUUCAUAUGAGUUUCGAAUAACCUAGUCCCGAUUUUGUGUAAUAAAUGCAGUAAUGGUGUGUUUUAGCCAUCUUUUUCUCUUUUCCACUGUCAAUCAUAAGUAUGCUGGUCCAUCUAGGGGGGCAAAGUCGUGUUUUUUUUUUUUUUUUUCGUACUGAUUUACAUUUGUAAUUGUAAGAUUAGAUUUUCUUCUGUUGCCAAAAAUCUAUAGUAAUACCAGGUAAAGAUUUACUUUAUUUACUUUUUUAUUUAGGUGCUGGAAAUAAAAUGUGAAUUUGUUUGUGUAAGCUCUUGUUUUCAAUCAAAUGGUUGAUGGCUAACCUGAACGUUCUAGUUUUGUGAACUAUCUUCCCAUGUACAUGGUGGGCUAGCCAAUAAGAUGGCUGUUUGGGCUAUUCACUGAAGUGUGAAUUGUUGGAAAUUCAAAAUUCAGUCCAACUUGCUGUACUGGAAAUUCUCCAAACAGCUGUGUUUUUAGUUUCUCUUUUUUGACCCCACACUCACUUUGAAUUUCCAAUAAGUCCUGUUUUAGUGAAUGGGGGGGGAUAUCUUACAAACCUCUUCAGUUCUUGUGUUUGCCAUUGCUGACUUGGUUAUAUGUUAAAGUGUAUGCUAAGAUAAAUGUAGUUGAGCGUGAUUUGAUUUUGUUAAAUACACUCCAAGAAUAUACCAAUGAUCUCUAUAUCUACACCGAUGACUAUGGAAAUAUAUUUAAAUUUUUCUGUAAAAUUUUUAUAAAUAUUUUUAUUUAAUUUUUGGAAUGCACCGAUGGGCUUUGCCUUUUAAAUAAUUUCCAUCACAGAUAUAUGAAGCACAUGCCACUUUCAAGCUUAAUAGAAGUGCCAUAUUGCCUUUUAAUAUUACCACAAACCUAUUGGUGACCGCAAUGCCUCAGCUUACGUUUAAUUUAUCUUAAAGUCUUUACCAAAAAAGUUGAAACAUAAAUGUUAAACGUAUAUGGAACGUGCCUAAUUUAGCGUGUUGUUGAUUUCCUGGCAGUCUGUAUUCGGAACACACAUGUGCAUGCCAUUAGUUUUACGCUUUCUGUGACCAGUUUUGAAUUAAAGCAUAUUUUGCAAUUGACUUUAAGCACCGACAAACUUACAGCUGUGAUGCAAACUGACCAGUUAGGUCCCACAUAUUCAUACAUAAAUACUUUAUUUUAUUUUUUUCAAAUGUAAAAUUUGCUAUCUUGUAUGCUAAUUUUAUCAUAAGGCAUUGUUGACACUUUUAAAAUACAAAAUGUUGUGCACAUUAAAUAUCUAGUAUUAUAAUUUUAAGGUACAAGUAUUUUGCAUAUUAUACCUUUUUCUAAACCUCCACGCACUUUUUGUAUAAUAUUUUUUAUAUCCUUGUUUCUCUGUGCAUAGAUUCUGCCUUCGCCUGUAGGCAAAACAUUAAUUUGAGCGAGAGAUGGCUUUGUUACCCCUUUUUGGCCAUAGUACUUGAGAAGUCCUUUACAUAAAGUGUGGUCUUUAAUGAAUACUUAACCACAUGUUUGACAGCGUCCAAUAACCUCUCUAUUGAAGAUUGUGUUUGGCUUGUUUCAAGGGGAGUAUUGAGGCCAUUCGGAGUCCGAGAAACCCAUAAAUUUUAAUAUUCUUCCAUCUGCUUCAAUCAUUGAGGUGUGCAACCCGCAGGGUACGGUUUGUUGCAAUUGUUGUACAGUUUCCCCAUAAAAGUCAAACCUUGUCAGAGGCCUAGUAGGUUGUCUUCUGAGACUUACACUAGUAGUAACUGCUUAUACCUGUGCCUUAGCAGCUGGGUCAGCUGCAAACCACUUUUAAAUCUACGCGUAGAUAGUGGCAAUCUUGGUUGGGGCUGCACUAUCCAAUCCAGCUUAGCCUUAAAGGAAGCUAGUUAGUAGUACCAUCUUCUGACAGUGAGGUGUAGUUCUAGUAUGUAGAAGCAUCGUGCCAAUGCCUCUAAAGUCCUUCGUGCAGUCGCUUGUGUCAUUAGCGAUCUGCAGCCCAUCUGUGUCAACAGGAGCACUAUUGCCUGAUAUAGUAGGUGAGUAUACACUCCAUGCAAAAGCCUUGAGAGGCCAGCUAGGCUUUUUGGUAGCCAAUGAGAAAAGGAUAGACCUCCUAACUGCUCAAACGCUUGUUGUCAAUAUUCUCAGACCCUUCAGGAUACCCAUCAUAUGUUUCAUUGAUCAGUAAUGGUUUAGCUACAUAUAGAUUAGAAUUUUAGGAAAUGGUUUGCCAUUUUUGGUGUCUGAAUUCCAAGACUGCUUAUACUAACACAAGAUGUGUCAUAUCUGUAAAUGUAUUACAAAGUCCUUUUAUAAUACACUAAUGUGCCUAGUUAAUAUGACUGUCAAUACUCUACUAUAUAUAUGCAAUUAUCGUCUAUGUCCUGAAUAUUGGUAGAAGGUGAAAUUGUGUGUAUGUAUUAUAUUUUUUAAUCCAAUAAAAACUAACACCUUAUUUGUG